AUGGAGAGUCUAAGGAUGGAACCCAUGACCACACCUGUCAAUGAAGAAGAUUUGAAGAAAUUUCAAAACGAAUCGUGCUUAGAUACUCUGGUACGAGUUCAAAAUGAACUACAGCGGUUGUCUACGAAAUAUUAUCGAAUAUCAGAAACAUGGAAAAAGAUAAAGGAGCUGGAGAACUAUCUAUCCACAGAGUUCCUGGAGAGAGUUGCAUUAAGUGAUGACGUCAAGGCAGAUAUCAUCAUAGCAGGUGAAAGCCAGUUGCAAUCAUGCUGUGGAAAGCUUCAUGAAAUCGAGGACCUCAAAAAAAUUGUGAGCACAGAACCACUGAAAG